GUCCCCUCCACUGGUCCAGCCCGAACUCCAGGAGACCGGAGGUGCUGCUCACGUAUUGUACAGGGAGAAAAAGUAUGUACAAUGUUAAAUCUUAACGGGUCCGAGGACGAAGCAAGAGCGGCAGAACCCUUACAGGGGCCGGGCGUACUGAGCCAGCGGAACCAAGGUGCGCGGCCGCAUUUCCGGCCGGGGGACGCGUAGGGAGGGACGCGUGUCCGCAGCUAACGGACGUCGCCGCGGCGCGGGCCGCCACUGCGGCCAUGAAGUUUCGGGCCAAGAUCGUGGACGGGGCCUGUCUCAACCACUUCACGCGAGUCAGUAACAUGAUAUCGAAACUUGCCAAAACCUGUACCCUCCGCAUCAGCCCGGAUAAGCUGAACUUCAUCCUUUCAGACAGGGUGGCUAACGGAGGGGUGAGCAUGUGGUGUGAACUGGAACAGGAGAACUACUUCAGUGAAUUUCAAAUGGAAGGUGUCUCUGCGGAAAACAAUGAGAUUUAUUUAGAGCUGACAUCGGAAAACUUAUCUCGAGCCUUGAAAACGGCCCAGAAUGCCAGAACUUUGAAAAUCAAGCUGACCAAUAAACACUUUCCCUGCCUCACAGUCUCUGUGGAACUGCUAUCUCUAUCAAGCACUAGUCGCAUUGUAACACAUGAUAUCCCCAUAAAGGUUAUUCCAAGAAAACUGUGGAAGGAUUUACAAGAACCUACAAUCCCAGACUCUGAUGUUAGUAUUUAUUUACCAGUGUUGAAGACUAUGAAGAGUGUUGUGGAAAAAAUGAAAAACAUCAGCAAUAACCUUAUUAUUGAAGCAAACCUUAAUGGAGAACUGAACCUGAAAAUAGAAACUGAAUUAGUGUGUGUUACAACUCAUUUUAAAGAUCUCGGAAAUCCUCCAUUGGCCUCUGAAAAUGCCUCUCAAGAUAGAAACCCAGAACAAAUGGCUGAGGUGCAGAUAGAUAUUAGGAAGCUCUUACAGUUUCUUGCUGGACAGCAAGUAAAUCCUACAAAGGCCUUGUGCAAUAUUGUAAGUAACAGGAUUGUCCAUUUUGAUUUGCUUCAUGAAGAUGUUUCCCUCCAGUAUUUCAUUCCAGCAUUGUCAUAGCACCACCUUACCAGAUUUGGAAGCUCAAAGACCUUGGUGUUGUAGUGGGAAGAGACAAAAGGUUCAUGUAUUCUGAGUUAUUUGUCUAUUUCCUCUGAGUAGCACAAAUCAUACACACUUUACUUAUUUCUUCCCUUGUAUAGUUUAACUAGAAAUUGAAUUACUGGUUGGAUCAACAAUAUUACUCCUUUUUUCUCAUGUCUGUUGUGUUUGCUUUUAAGACAUGGAAAAAAAUCUAGACUUCAAAUUUCAUUUUCUUGUUGGUGAAGUUGUGCAAUCUCAUAUAUUUAGAACUGGCAAGGUAAUCAGAAUCUGUAAGAGUCUGUGAAGUGUGGUACAGCAACCAAACACAUUGUAGCAGAUGGUUUUGUUUCUGACAGUGUAUCCCCUCCCCUUGUCCUGAUCCCAUGACAAGGAUGGCCCUGCCCAUGGACACAUUUCCUGAGUCCUGGAACUCUGUCCUUCUCCUCCUCUGUUUCACCCUGGGACCAGCUUUGGUCUUAGGUUAUAAUUCCUUAUAAUUCUUGUUUUCAUUCUGGAAAAAUUUGUAAGUGUCAUUCUGGAAAAAUUUGUAAGUGUCAUUCUGGAAAAAAUAGCAACACUUUUUUUUUUUUUUUAGAAGCACCACUUAGCAUAGAAAAAAAACAGAACUUCUAAGCUGGCAUCUGCAUUAAUGAUUGAAGCCCAUACUUUCUAUUUAUUCAUGAAAGCUGGUUUCAGGUACUGAUAAAUAUGCUUUCUCUUCUCCCUCCAGCAUGUUCUGCCUUAUUUCCUCUUGUCGUUACUCUAUGUUUCCUGCUAGAGGUGGGGCCUUAUAAAUGUUAUUUUAGCUUCUCAUACAAAGUCAUGACUUAAAAGGAAGCAGUUGCUUGGGAUAGAUGCAGAAAUGCGGAAUCAGCAAAAAUGGAAAAUUUCUUCUAUGGCUUGCUUAUUAUGGUAAAACCAGUGACUCUUCCAAUGUUUAAUGUUAGUUUAAAUGGGUAUAGUAUUUCAUUAACAUUUUUAAAUGAAAGGAUAUAGUUUUAUUUAAAGCCUCUAUCCCCUCUUUGACUUGUCACAAAAUUUUUUCCAGCUGCACAUGUAACACUUACAAAUCAUGAUGCAAAAUGAAACAGCAUCUGAAAAUAGUUUUAUAAAAUUCAUAUUUCCUGUUAAACCCAUUAGAGAUUUACCAAUCUGGAAAAUUGAUUAUUUCUGAUUAUUUAAAUGAUUUUGGAUGUAUACAGAAGAUAAUAUAGUGGUUUUCCUGUAAGUUAACAGUAAGGCAGCAUAUUUCCUCAUCUGCAUUACACAAUGUACCCUUUGGUUUCUUUCCUCAGGAAUUGAGCAUGCAUAUUUCUGCUUCCAUUAUUGGAAUGUCAGAUAUUAAGGGGUGUUCCUAGAAGGAUACCCUUGGACAAGGCCUGUAUGGAUGAGAAUAUCACAGAUGUCAGAUUAUGCAGUGCUGCUGCUUUAUUUUGCAGAUUAGAUUAAGUAAUUUGCCCAGGGUAAACAUAGUGGCAGGGGUGGGAAUAGAACCCGGGAAUUCUGACUCUAAUAUACAACCCUUUCCCUCACACUUCUAUGUGCUGAGUGACCCUAAUUAAUCUUUUGAGUGAGGAAUGAAUAAUAGAUUUCAAAGUUGACAUUCACCAAUCAUUUUAUGAGUUAGGAAGGAGUAUCUUAGUUUUUAAAUCUGCUUUGGUAAAGUAGACUUAAAUGCAAUUUUUAAAAUGUCAUGAAUCCAAAUGUAAUUUCCCCUUUACAUUCUUUAUAGAAUAUGUCAUCAGUUAAGACCUGAUUUUGAUGAUUUUAUGGCACUCUCAAGAUUUCUCUGUGAGUGGAGUGUGGCUAGUUAAGAGAGUCUUUUCUGGGAAUAAGGACCCUGGGAUCUAUUUCUAACUGGUCACCAACUUGCCCAUGUGUGUCAACAGGUCCUCUCCCUCUCUGCAUCUCAAAUAUCUGUGAGGAUGAUUCUUAACCUCCCACAGUAGAGGGAGCAAAUAGAAAACUCCAGACUUAGGAAAUGUACAGUGUACUUUUAUUGACCAAUUUACCAAAGUAAAAUUUUAUUAGGUCAAAGAGUAGCAAUUUAUUCCAUGUAAAGGAACAGAUACAAUUUGGAAAACUCAUUUCAAGGGUAACAUUCUCAGUGUUUAGAUUUCUGUUAAAUAUCUUUGUAUAUUUUAGAGAAAACUCCCGUCGGCUGUGAUCAUGUAAGAGUCUGUUCCAUAGAGGUGUGCCCUCCUACAUGCCAGGGCAGACAGAAUAACACAGUGGCCAGCCCUGGCUCAUGCCUGGUGCCUGUGUGUUUCUUUGUUAAUCACGUCUCUGGCUGAGCUUUGGAAUCAGUCCUGGGUUGAGGAGGGAGGAUUAAGAAUUCCCAAUCCAGCAGCACAGUGGCCUUGUCAUCCUCCUGCCCACCCUUCUUGGUCUAGCUAGAGACUGAUCACCUGCCAUUUUCCUCCAGCCUGGCACAAAGGGCCAUGUUCACACUGGUCUCGGGUGCCUGGAGUUUGGUCUCAACAUUAGUGUCUGGGGCUGGGAUUCUGGUACCUGCUGCCAGGCAGUGAAGACAUUUGAUGACAUCCAUGCCCUUGAUAUAGAUUACCAAAUUGGCAGAGCUUUGUUUUUGAAGAGAGGCAAUUCUGUACUUAAUGGCUUCUAAUAGAGGUAGUGUAAAGGGAAACUUGAGAGGCUUUGGAUUUUUAGAGCUUCUAAGUACAGUUGGUGAACUAGUAGAUAAGAAUCACUUUUUACAACUGGGAUUACCUCAAAAUGUAACCCACUUAAGCGUUGCUGGUGGGAGUGUAAAUUUAUGUAACUUUUCUGGAGUCCCGUUUUGUAUUACAUAUGGAUAACCUUAAAAAAUAUAUGUACCUUUUGACUUAGUACUUAUUCUUAUAGGAAGUUACAUUAAGAUAAUAAAGCUAUUCUGGCACUGUUAUACUGAAAAGCUGAAAUACCUAAACUGAAUUCUUAGGGGAUUGGUUAGGCAAUUUGUGGUUUGAUAUAAUAUUUCAUACUCUAAAAUUAACAUUACACACAAAAAAUGUACUGGUAUGAUAGAAUGUUUGUAAUUUACAGUUAAGUGGAAAAAAAGGUUAGACAAUGGUAUGUGCAGUCUGAUCUGAUUUGGUGGAACAGUAAUGUAUAUGUAUAUAUCUGAUAGAAAAGAGUUGGGAGGAUAGACACCAACAUUUAGCCUAGUUAUUUCUGGGUGGUUUUUAUUUUAACUUCUGUACAUUUAUGUAUUUUCUAAAAAUUUUAUAUAAACAGCUUUGUUAAAAAAAUAAAUUAUUUUUUUAAAGGA